AUGUUUUCACUAAUCCUGCAAACAUGCAUUUGUGUAGCGGCAGCUGCUAUCGAUGAACAUUUUUUCGACCGAUUUCCACCAAGGGAAGUUUCAACGCCUGUCACUGCGCCGCCUAAAUUGGAAGUAGAAACAUUUGGAUUCCGGUGGACAAUGCCGGCAAGUAUCUACAAUUCUACUGGAUUUAAAGGACCCAACAAAGUACUUUUAGGCAUGCUGGAACAGACGCCACUGAGCACCUGUAUUGAAAGCACUUGGGGAAGUCCAGCAAUGUUCUUCGGUGAUAAAGCACAUGGAUAUAUAUUUAUGGAUUUCUCCCUGAUGAAAUUGCUUGAGGCAAAUCAACCUUUGUUUGGUACUGAUGGUGCGGCGAGGCUACGGGCUAUUUUGACGCCAGAGCUCAAAAAAUUGGAGGAGGAAGAGCAACUGGGUUUCCAAAUCACGCGUAAGCAUACUUCGCCUAAAGCUUCUCUUAUAAAAUAUUUUGCGGUAAAACCCUGCUCACCACAUCAACGUUUGGAUAUUCUCCACAUAAAAUUUAAUUAUGAGCGCGGAAAUACCAUAUGGAAAUAUGCCCCCAGAACCUCCUGCAACUAUCAGCUCCCCAACUACAGCGACGACCGCAGUCCCAAGAAAACCAUUCAGUUUCGUGAGGAACGCUGUGUUCCUUUCCGAUCUUUUCAUAUUCAAGCAUUCGUGGUUGAAUGGAUGAUGCCUACACCCGAGUAUAACUCAAGGACAGUGGGCCAAGCAGAGGAUUAUAUCACCUCGCUUUUGGAGAGUGAUGCCUUGGGCAAAGCCCUUGAAUCGUAUUCGGUUAUGCGCUCAAAUAGUUACCAAAAAUACUCCACCGGUAGUCUGCUUCUACAGUUUUCAAUUAGCCGACUUCGUGAGCACAACAUUCCGCUAAAGCUUGAUGAGAUCUCUCAAAGACUGGAGUAUGUUUUAAAAAGAACAAAUCACGGAUCAUGGGCUGCGACUCCAAUAGUCCAAAUUGUCAGUGUGCAAUACAUUAGCAAUACGGAUUUGAGCAAUUUCGCUGCAAAUGAGGCUCGAACCUCUACUACACCGCGGGCAACAGAAAGAAGCAUGCCCAUUCCAAGACAAACCGAUGACUUGCAAAAAGCCUUCAUAAUUGGUUGGCAAAUGUCAAGUAGACACUACAAUGAGUCUACUUAUGGAGGAGUUGAUACAUUUGUAGAAGAGCUAUUGAAAUAUGUGCCUUCGGAAAGCACCCUGGUCAGAGAACUGUCUACAGAUCACAAAGAUGACGGCAUCACGACGUCAGGUUUAUUAGUCGUAACGCUUUCACUGAAAAAACCUCCUGCGUCUGAAAAACCUAUGGAUAGCAAAACAAUUGCUGACCAUUUACAAAAAAUGUUAACUUAUGAGUUGAAACAUUCCGAAAAAGGCAAACAAAUGGAAUUUCAAAUCAAUUGCAAGUGCAGACCUUUUACUAUAUAA